AUGACACUUCCGGAAACCAUGAACGCAGUCGUCUUCGACGGGCCCCUGAGGGUGUCUGUCCAGAAGCGACCUGUGCCGAAGUUGCAGGAUGCUGGUGACAUUAUUGUCAAGGUAUCUGCAACGGCGCUCUGUGGCUCGGAGUUGCACACUUUCCGCGGGCACCAGCCUUCCGACACUGGCUUCAUCAUGGGCCAUGAGUUCUCCGGUGUGAUCGUCGAGGCCGGCUCAGCCGUAAAGAGUGUCCAGGUUGGCGACAAGAUCGUCUCGCCUUUCACAACAUCUUGUGGCGAGUGCUUCUACUGCAAAAUUGGAUGCUCUUCUCGCUGCGCCAAGAGCAAGCUUCUUGGUUCCUCAGUGCUUGACGGGGCACAGGCCGAGUAUAUACGCAUUCCUGACGCCGACGGAACUGUUGUCAAAGCUCCGGCAGAGAUUGACGACAAGGCUCUGGUGUUGAUGGCAGAUAUCUUCCCGACCGGUUUCUUUGGUGCCACGAACGCCUUCAAGGCAAUUGGCACUCAGCCCGCAUCGGACGUCACGGCAGUGGUUAUCGGUUGCGGCCCUGUAGGUCUCUGCGCGAUUGUGUCCGCACUCGAGCACAAGCCCAAGCAUCUUUUCGCCAUUGACGGCGUGGACAGCCGCUUGGAGCUUGCCAGAAGCCUGGGAGCAGAGCCGCUCAACUUUGUCAAAGACAAGCAGCGCGUCGUCGACCGCAUAAAGGAGGUGACUGACGGCAGAGGUGCUGAUGUCGUGAUUGAGGUUGUCGGUCUGAGCCCUGCCCUCCGUACUGCUUACGACGUGAUUCGACCUUUUGGCUUCAUCAGCAGCAUUGGCGUCCAUAACGCAGAGAUUCCAUGGGACGGGAACGAAGCGUACAACAAGAAUGUGCGUCUGCAGAUGGGCCGCUGCCCUGUACGCUCGAUUUUUGCGGACGCCCUCAAAGUCCUGGCGAAGAACCAAGACCUCUUUGGAUUCAUGUUUGAGAAAAUCAUGCCCCUGACGGACGCCGUCGAGGGGUAUAAACUGUUCAAUGAGAUGAAAGUCCAGAAGGUCAUCUUUACUCCCUGA